AUGGCUUUGAGGGCCUUGCAGCAGGCACAGGCCUUCAAACUGCAGACUGAAGCAGCAGUCAGCGGGUACCAGGCAGAGCUGGCUGAACUGAGGUCUGAGAGUAGCAGGCUGCAGGCUGAGUGCCAGCGUCUGGCUGGGGAGAGGAAGGAGACCAUGGCCCUGGUGGGGAAGGAUGUGUCUGAUGACCCGUCACUGACCCAGCUCCAGGCGGAGAGAACUCAGCUGCAGAGUCACCUGCAGCGCUGCCUCUAUGAGAUCCAGCAGAGAGAUCUACACUGCCAGCAGCUCAACGCCAGAAACCAACGCACAGGUAUUGAAUCAGUUUCCACUAAGUUCACCAUACUCAACACAGAUCUUCUCUCCUCCCAACCGCUCCUCUGUCCUCUCCUCAUCUCCCUAUCUCAGCUGCAGCAGGUGGUGGAGGAGAAAGGGGGUGUGUCGGCCCAGCUGAGGGCAGUGUCUCAGACGCUGAGAGACACCCAGAACCGCUGCUAUUGGCUGGAGAACCAGGCCCUGCCUAACCAGCACCACCAGGGCCUUGCAAAGCAGGGGGUGAUGUCUGUAGAAGUGCCUCCGGGAGCUCCCCAGGAGAGGAGCAGUGCUGUGGUAGACAUGGAAGCACUGGAGGCCGGCGAGCUCAGGACCAGGCUGGUGGAGGUAGAGCAGAGUGUUGUUCAGCUAAGUGAGAGUCUGGCUGAAGAGAGGACCAGGAGGGAAGCAGCCGAGGAAGCUCUGGGACUGGCUGAGGACAGAGCCAAGAGCGUUGACUCCAGUCCAUCCAGGACGACCCAGAGAGACUUCAGCAUCCAGCUGGAUACAGAGGAGGAGUGGGAGGCCCUCAUCCUCAACCCCAACGAACCCCUGGUCACACGCAAGGUGAAAGGCGGGAUGCUGGCCUGCAGGCGCUGGCUUCGGGGGCGGAGCCUGUACUGCUCCAAGCUGCUGACAUCACGGGCCCGCUCGCGCUACCUCUUCCUUGGCUACCUGCUGAUUCUGCACGUGGCUGUCCUCAUGUGCCUCACCGGCGCCUCUAGUGCUGUGGGGUGAAAACAAUCACAAGUUGCAGAUAGAAAUAUAAUUUAUAGAUCAGACUGAGGCACGUUUCCUCCAUGACAAAGACAGUUUGUUCUGCACAAUGUUUUUCUAUGUAGUUCACUUGACGCUGGGGUGUUAACAUUGCAGAUACAAAUGUCAUGUGUAGACAAGGCACCAUGGCCCGUUUCCUCCACGACAGAGGAAUGUCUGUUCUACUCCAUUUCGAAGUAGUUAACCAUGUCUUUUUCCCCUGGAAUGUUAUUCCACCUUUCAGAAUAAGCUGCAGGUUGUUGUCUAGUAUCCAGAGUUUUCAUAAGAGUGAGGGCUUUUGGGGUGUGUCUCAAGUCUUGUGGCUUCUUCUCCUCACCUCCUUCCUUGGUUCUCACUGGUCUGAAAAGAAAAUGGACAGCUGAUAGUGGGUCCUUUGGUUAGAUCCUACCUUCUUGUUUUCACCCAUUUUUUUGUCAGAUCAGUGCAGACGGAGGCGAGAGGAAGAAGACUGUUAUUGACUAUUAAGACGCAGCCUUUGGAGUGUCUCAGGAGAAAGUGCCGUUUCGAUCCUGUCUGUUAUGUGUUAAAGCCUGAGACGGAACAGAAAGCCAUAUCCAUUCUACAUGAACGCUAGCCUAAGACGUGCGUACGUACGUGUGUGUGUGUGUUUUUGAAACACAUUUGUGUGCGCAGGUGUGUGUGUUCAUUUGCACGUGUACAAGAAAUAAACACUAGUCCACUGUAACCUCAUUUAGAUUCACCUUGGAGAACAAAGACUGGUGUAAGUCUAAGAUGAUUCAUCAACAACAUGAUGGAACUGCCCCACUCAGACUGAUGCUGAUGUCUGGCAAGACACAGAUACGGUAUUUCAGGAGAGAAGGGUGGAAAAAGCCAAUAGUACUAUUUCUGCAAAGAUGCCUAUGUAAUUGCACUGCUGCUCAACCCUUCUCCCCAAUACCAAACCCACUGUGUGCUCAACCUGGCACGACCAGGCCAUGGCACAACGUUCACUUUGGCACCCCCUGGUGUCUCCUGGGUAAUAACUGGGUGAUGGUGGCCUUCACACAAUUCUAAGGUCUAUUCUAUAGCUGCUGCAUUCAAAGCUAUGCACUAAAACUCUCAUCAGGGGGUGUUUUUUCCCUUCUCUCCUUCAGCAAA